AUGGCAUCUGAGAAGCUUGGCCAAAGGACUGCAAAUAUCCUUAAGCAUCUCUUUCCACUGCCUAAGCCUGACUCCAAACGCAUAAUCACAUUUGCCAACCAGUCUGAUUACAUCUCCUUCAGGCAUCAUGUAUAUGAAAAACGUGGUGGUCCUAAGUCUGUUGAGCUAAAGGAGGUUGGUCCUCGGUUUGAAUUAAGGCUUUAUCAGAUCAAGCUAGGGACAGUUGAUCAAAGUGAAGCCCAGAACGAAUGGGUCAUAAGGCCGUAUAUGAACACUGCCAAGAAGCGAAAUGUUCUUGGAGAUUGAUGGCUAAUUUGAUACGGAGUCUAUCUUGGUUGUUUGAUUGUUUAAUUUUUCUUUCUUUUUACCUAAACAUUUGUCAUUUUUAUCUCCAGUAUUAUCUAUGUGAUGCCCGACUUCAAUGUCGGGGAGUUGUCAUCUAAGCUAAAUACUGAUGAUCAUAUCUGCUAAUUUCUGAAACAAUUUAGUUGGCUUUUGUGGCUUUGGUGGAGCA